AUGACUUCGCACUAUUCUCUUUUGGACCGUCGAGAUUCGAGCAGGGAGCAUUUGACAGACGGGAUAGUUGACUCGCCACGAGGCACCAGUGAUGUUCCCUUGAGAAAUAUGAGAGGCCACGCCUUCGAGGAUUGGAACCAGCCGGGAUAUAGUGAGGAUUCACUCAACGAGGGCCUCAAACCUGAUGUGCGGCCCGGAGUGACAGGCCAGAGCUGGCGAAAAAACUCUGGAUUCAGCAUACCGUCGGUCGCAUCAUCGCCCUGGGAACACAAACUCAAUGAGAAACAUAUCCGUGAAGUGCCAACAAACACUGAGACCGUCAGAUACUUCGAUCCUCGCCGGCAGACGCGAAGAGUGUUCAUCGAAUGUUUGAUGAUGUGGUUUUGGACGGCGGGAAUCUGUGGCGCCCUUGCAGGCACCAUGUACGGCUUUUCCUCCAUCAGAGAUGGGCUCUCGCAGACGCAAAAAUACGUCUACAACGCCAUGAUUACUGGUCUAUCCAUUGUGCUCGGUCUUGCCUUUGCUGCACAGUUCAAGCAGUACGCCGAAAUGAUGCGAUGGAGAUUCCUCGCCUCGCAGUAUCGAACCAUCCAAGACUUCGAGGACGUUCUCGGUUGCGACAGUUACCGAAGUACCUUGCGCAUACUGUGGAAAGGUCGGCGCUCGGGCUCGUGGCAUCCGAGCAAAGCUCAAGUGAUUGCUGCCAUUUGGCUAGUCAUCUUUGUGGCGUUCAACACUUUCGCGGCUCUCCUCGGUUUGACAUAUUCCAUUGAUGUGUCAGAUGAAUUUGUAUCCAUCAACAAUGGCGUCGUCAGCGUGGCCGACCUUCAAUAUAUUGCGAGCCGUGAGCAACCCGACAACGGUGCGGGCUACCUGGACGAGUACCAGAAAGCCGCUGCAAAUCUCUGGGGCCAACUCGGGCAGAAUUUCCCAAUAAUCACGACCACCCUGGACGACGACGACGAAUCGGGCGCAGUUGUCUUCACAAAUGAGGCGAGGGACUUGUGGUGGUACCGGUUCGUGGACUUGGGCCCCGACGGGAAGACCAUGGUUGUAUCGACGAGGACCGUGACCAGCCAAGCGCACUGCGAGGAGUACACCGUCCUCUUCGGCGGAUAUGCCGGGUUCAAUACCGAAAACUCGUCCCUGACUUAUGAACUCGACUGGGAGGAUAAUCAGGGCAAUAAAUUUUCCGACAUCGUGACAAACGUAGCGACUGGGUCUACCACCUGGAUGGGAAAUUCCAGCAGUCAAAAUGUUGGCUGUGGCCCCCGAUGCAGCCAGAUCCUUGCCCUCCAGUCGGCCAAUAACCUGACUGUGCCCCAGCCUCGGAUAUGGGCUUGCAACAACACCGUUGGGCAAGUUCAGGGUCUCGACGACGCCGGCUUUAUCAACACCGACCCUCUCAAAAUGCCCGACGACCAAGCCUUCUACCUUGCAGGUUCUAUUGGCUGGACCGGUGUAGAGGUGGUGGACGACGCUCUCCAGUUCUUCCUGUUCGAUGGCGACACCCCGUUCAAUCCGCCGGGCAAUGCCACGGCCGAGACCAUCGCGGAGCUAGUGAUGCGCUUUACAGUGGGCGCCAUCUCGGCCAUGGACUCGUUGAGCGGGCCACGCCGGAACCUCACCGGCACCGCCAGCCCCAGUCCCGCGCAGGUGGUCAACGUGAAAUGGGUGGACGCGGGCGCCAUCCUGGCGGGGAUCCCCAUCAUCCAAUUCGUCCUGCUCGUGGGGGUCGUGUGGUUCUCCGGCAAGGCCAUUAUCCUCGAGCCCAGCUUCAUGACGGCCGCGCACCUGCUGUACCCGGUCAUCCAGAAGGUUGGCAAGGACGGCUGUCUGUUCACCGUGGACGAGAUGGCCGAGAGGCUGGGCGACAACUACAAGAUCGCCUACGGGGUGCGUCCCGACCCGGCGGACCCGGGCCACCACGACACCACGUUCGUGCGUGAUCUGGAUGUGAUCGAGGAGAAGGAAGGGUAUGGCUAUAUCCGUGGAGCCUUCCCGGAAGGGAGAUAUGAUUGA